CCCCAUUGUGCAACUCGAGCUACCGGCCAUAGUGGUGAUAACUUCGACUUAGUAACAGUUACCCCGCUGGAGUUUGGAGAUUAGGGAAGGGACUUAAGGCCAAUCGAAGUGUUCUGCGCGGGAAUUUCGCAUUUUAGAGUUCAGCCAGAACGGAUGUAACCCAGUAUACGACAAUGGCAGCGGAGGUACGUCUCCAUACAUAAACCUACCGGAAGGUACAUAAACUCUAUCAUUCCACGUUCGUCUCAACUUCGAUUCAUCGAGACGUCGUUAGUGGAAAUACCUAGGACACCUAGCUUCAUUCCCAAUACCUAGUUCUAGUUAGAAUCGUCAUGGCUGCCAAUAUUCCCCAGUCCCUAAAGGACUCGCUAAAGGACACCGAGGUUGAAUAUCGUAGGCUCGGUAAUAGUGGUCUGCGUAUUUCCGUCCCAGUAUUCGGCUGUAUGAGUUUUGGAGAUACCAAAGCGCAGUCAUGGGCCAUUAACGAAGAAGAGGCUCUGCCUCUGCUCAAGUACGCCUACGACAAAGGCCUGAACACAUGGGACACAGCCAACGUCUACUCGCAAGGAGUCAGCGAAGUGAUCGUCGGCAAGGCGAUCAAGAAGUACAACAUCCCGCGCGACAAAGUAGUCAUCAUGACGAAGUGUUUCUGGGCCGUCGGCGAGACGCCCGACGUGCGGCACUUCAUGCACGGGGAAGCCGUCGACCGAUCCAAAGACUACAUCAACCACUUCGGGCUCUCGCGGCUCGCCAUCUUCAACUCCGUCGAAGCGUCCCUAAAGCGACUCGACCUCGACUACAUCGACGUGUUGCAAAUCCACCGCUUCGACCCCUCGACGCCAAUCGAAGAGACAAUGAAGGCGCUACACGACCUCGUGCAAUCGGGGAAGGUGCGGUAUAUCGGAGCGAGCAGCAUGUGGGCGGUGAACUUCGCGCGUCUGCAGUUCGCGGCGGAGAAGAACGGGUGGACGAAGUUCGUGUCGAUGCAGAACCACUACAACCUGCUCUACCGCGAGGAAGAGCGCGAGAUGAACCGCUUCUGCAACGACACCGGCGUCGGGCUGAUCCCGUGGGCGCCGCUCUGUCGCGGACACCUCGCGCGUCCACCAGCCGACUUCGGAUCCACGUCGCGCAGCAAGCUCGAGAAGGACAGUUCGCCCGGCGCCCACGGCACCGUGGAGCCGGACCUAACGAUCAUAUCGCGGGUGCAGGAGAUCGCGGCGAAGAAAGGGUGGCCGAUGAGCCACGUAGCGCUGGCGUGGAUCAACAAGAGGGUCGCGAGUCCGAUCAUAGGGUUCUCGAGCAACAAGAGGAUCGACGAGGCGGUCGCGGCUAGAGGGAAGACGCUUACGGAUGAGGAGGAGAAGUACCUCGAGGAGCUGUACCAGCCGAAGCAGAUCUCGGGACACCAGUAGGGGGGACGGAGGGGUUAAAAAAGAAGAAUAUCCGUUUCUAGACAGUGUUGUGGGAGGGUACCAUGGAUGCGGUUUAUCGUGCGCUAGGUACUAGACACGGCAUCUGCGGAAAUUGAGGUGGGCGGGCGGAUUGUACAUACAUUUGAUACAUGUCAAAUACGAAGCAGCGCCGAGUUUUACGAGAUUUUGUUCGUGAGCUGUGCGGGAAGCCCGUAUUUCACUUUACUUCGCUUCCUUAUGAUUUACCGCCAUUCACGUGAGUCGUUAUCACAGACAGAAAGUGUUGGGAUGUUGGGAAGCCACUUCGUCAUGAGGCUUGGGAUAUGAAUGGAGGAUUUGUGCAAAG